AUGGGUAUGGAAGAUACAGAAGAAUCUUUUCAGGGUGCAGAUGCCAAGCAAGAGCGGCUCGAGGGGACCGGGUGCAAGGAAGCGGAGAAAGAAGGCGCCGGGAAAGCCACCGGGCGAGAGGGUGUCAUGUUCAUGUCCUUCAGCAUGCAUGGGCAUUUCCUGGCCCGCUACAAAGACCGAGUGGUGGCGGAUGUUCUGGGAGGGUCAAGUGAUCCCUUGGCGCGACGGCUUAUCGUGCAACUGGGUCUGUACCCCCUCUGGUACAAGAGGGUCCACAUGCUAUCCACGGGAGAGAUCCGGAAGGUGCUUUUGGCCGCCACCCUGAGCAAAUCCCCGCAGCUCUGCCAGGGCUUCCCCCGCCUCCUUGUCGACCUGGGCUUGGCCCGCCGCUCCAUCCCGCGCACGUCCAUGGUGCUGGUCACGCACCGUCGGGAGGAGGUCCCUCAGGAGGUGGGGCGCCUGGUGUCCGUGGACGGCUUCGAAAUCGCCUCUCCCGCGACGUUUUGUCCCUGA